GUCCAUUCAAACUCUUCCCGUGAAAAGCCAAACAAGCCUGACAAUCUUUAGUUCUCUCUCUCCUAUCAUAAGCAGUGAAAAGCCACAAAGCUCUUGAGCCCCUCUAGGUGUCUAAAUAAUCUUCUUCUCUGGCUAACACAGAACACAGCAGUUUCAUGGAAGUCUUCCUCAUGCUUGUCUCCCUUGCCUGCCUUGUUACUUUACUCUUCCAGUUUUCUCACUCUGCAACACUUGUAGUAGAUGGAGUUUCAGCAUGGAGAAACCCCAUUGUCCAAGUAGGGGACUCUGUCAUUUUCCAGCACAAGUAUCACUACAAUCUUUACAUUUUCCAGCACAAAAAUACCUUCAAUCUCUGCAACUUCACCCAGGCUACACUACUCAGCAAACCAAAUUCUACUUCUUUUACGUGGAACCCAUCACGCCCUGGUUUCUUCUACUUUUCCUUCUACAAUGGCUCUGCUAAACCAUGUCAAGAAGGCCAUAAAUUCUCUGUGAAGGUGUCGUUGUCAUCACCCCCAGAGAAUUCUGCUGCCUCACCAGAACUACCACCAAUGGCAGCUCCACCAGUGAGUUCCGGUGGUUCUGUAUCGUCUUCUCCGGCAUACCCUUGGCCUUUCAGAUCCCGAGAAUUGACUUCACCAAGUCCUGCACCAAGUGCAAUCCUUCCAGCUAUGAGUCCUAUGGUUCCAGACAAAGGUGAUAGUAUACCAUUUAUCGACAGUAAUCCAGCGGUUCCUCUACCAACUGGUGAAGUGGACUCGACUACAAUUCGCCCUUUGCCCACUUCUGGUCAUGAAGAACAGGUGGUGGGGUUGGUUACAGUUCAUAGAGCUUUAUGUUGUGUGGUUUUCCUGGCGUUGCUAUGAAGGAAGAGAGAGAGAGAGAGACAGAGAGUUUUGCAACUUAUGUAAAGAGAUAUGUGGUAGGG